AUUAUUUGUUAAAUGUCUUGUAAAAGACACAAAAAAAGUUGAUCCCAAAACUCGUUGAUCACCAGAUGAUUAUCCACUACAACAACAAUAGUAGUGAAGAUAUUAUUAUUAUUAUUAUUGAUAAACCAAUUGAUGAACAAAUCGGUCGCUUAUUAUAAGACCUUCUUCUCGUCUUCUUUGUCGUUGUCUUCUGGAUGUGUUGUCUCGUCCACCAAAAAACAAAAACAAAACAAAAAGUUUGGCCACAAUUUUAUUCAUCCAAAUAAUAAUCUAUAGAUGAAUUUGAAUCAUUUAAGUCAAUCGUUGGCUAACUAUACUUACCAUAAGCUAAACAUAUCGGCCAUCGAAAGCUAUGUAGACAUCGAUGUCCUCAAAUGGUUUAUAUGGCUCUUCACGCCCGUUGUGAUAACCUUUUUAUUGCCGGUAUUGAUCAUCAUAUUGUUGUAUUUGUCUGCACUGAUUAUCUUCAUCUAUCGGCACCGACAACGGCUAGAUUUGGCCAAAAUAGUUGACGCUAUUGAACGCAAACACUACUGGGACGGCGCCCUACACGCCGUAGCCAUCCUAUGGGAGGCUCACGGCUACAUCUGGUACGGCUAUGAGGUGAUCGGUUUGGACAACAUUCCCGAUGACGGACCAGCUUUAAUCGUUUAUUACCAUGGUGCAAUACCACUCGACUACUACUACUUAUCUGCCAAAUGUCUACUGUAUAAGAAACGAUUGAUCCGUGCGGUUGGCGACCACUUCCUCUUCAGGAUACCAGGUUGGAAGCUAAUGAUGGAAGUGUUGCAAGUCUUCCCCGGUUCCAUCAGCAUGUGCUCAACUGUACUGAAAGGUGGAGACAUGUUAUCGAUAGCACCGGGAGGUGUUCGCGAAGCCCAAUUCGGUGAUGAAAGGUAUCGUCUAAUGUGGGGCGAAAGGAGAGGCUUCGCAAAGGUGGCCAUCGAGGCACAGGUGCCCAUCAUUCCGGUCUUUACACAGAAUCUUCGGGAAGCCUUUCGAUCAAUACGUUUGGGACAAUCGUAUUUCAGACGAAUCUACGAACGAAUUAAGCUACCAGUUGUACCAAUUUAUGGCGGAUUUCCAGUCAAAUUGCGUACAUUUGUGGGCAAACCCAUACCAUUUGAUCCCGAAUUAACUGUCGACGAAGUUGUCCUAAAAACAUCAGAAGCCAUUGAAGAUCUGAUCCGAAAACAUCAACGAAUUCCGGGCAGUAUUUUGAAGGCAAUGGUCGAUAGGUUUUAUUCGUAUCCAAAAGAGAAAGAUAUAUAA